UGCCAUGGAAACGUAGGAGCCUGCUCGGCCCUACUAGGAGCUUGUGGCCUGCCUAGGUCAGGAUCAUUCCCCACGCGGAGCCCAGGACAUCUCGGGCAGCGCAGCCACCAUGCCCAGUGAAACUCUCUGGGAAAUCGCAAAAGCUGAAGUAGAGAAACGGCGAUGUCAUGGAAGUGAGGGGGAGGGAGCUGAAAUCGGAGAAAAAUCUGUUUUCUUCAUUGGCAGUAAAAACGGGGGAAAGACUACCAUUAUCCUAAGGUGUCUUGACAGGGAUGAGCCAGCAAAGCCGACCUUAGCUUUGGAAUACACGUAUGGAAGGAAAACCAAGGGGCACAACACACCAAAAGACAUUGCUCACUUUUGGGAACUGGGUGGAGGAACCUCUUUACUGGACUUAAUCAGCAUACCAAUCACAGUGGACACCUUAAGGACGUUUUCUAUUGUUCUUGUUUUGGAUCUUUCCAAACCUAAUGAUCUUUGGUCCACCAUGGAAAAUCUGUUGCAAGCCACAAAAAGCCACGUAGACAAGGUGAUAAUGAAGCUGGGCAAGACAAACUCCAAGGCUUCGGCUGAGAUGAGGCAGAGGGUGUGGAGUGUGAUGCAGAAGGACCAUCCGGAUCGGGAAUUAAUUGACCCAUUUCCAAUACCUCUGGUCAUUAUUGGAAGUAAAUAUGACAUUUUCCAGGAUUUUGAUCCUGAGAAGAGAAAGGUGAUCUGUAAGACCCUGCGCUUUGUGGCACAUUACUACGGAGCCUCCCUGAUGUUUACCAGCAAAUCAGAAGCUCUUUUACUGAAGAUGCGCGGUGUUAUCAACCAGUUGGCAUUUGGUAUUGAUAAAAGCAAAUCAAUGUGUGUGGAUCAAAACAAACCACUGUUUAUCACAGCAGGACUGGAUUCCUUAUGUCAAAUAGGGUCUCCUCCUGUUCCUGACAGUGACAUUGGAAAGCUGCAGGCCCACUCACCUAUGGAGCUGUGGGAAAAGGUGUAUGAAAAGCUCUUCCCACCAAAGAGUACCAGUACCCUGAAGGCGAUCCAGGACCCAGCCCGAGACCCACAGUAUGCAGAAAGUGAAGUCGAUGAAAUGAGGGUUCAGAAGGAUCAGGAGCUAGAGCAGUACAAGAGAAGUUCCUCCAAGACCUGGAAGCAGAUUGAGCUUGACUCCUGACUCUGCCUCCCUGCUGUGGGUAUGCCUUCCUUCCCAAGUUCAAGGGAGAUUAUUUUCUUACCUUCUGUGGCAAUGUGUGAAGAAAGCUGAGCAUAUAAUCUGUUAGAGAAAAUCUAUUUCUUGUUCUGGUACAACUUUCUGAAUGUUAUGAAGUCUUUUAGAAGGAAAAUAUCACUAUAUGUCAUUCUUUUUCAAAUAAAAGAAUUUUCUAUCACCUA